AAAACUCCGCCUCUUCCCUUUCGCUUCUUCUUCCUCCUCGUCCGUCAAGAUGGAAAGGCUGAGCGACAUGAGUAGCUAACCCGAACCCCCGAUCCCAUCCCAAAACCCAGCCGCACACCCGCGCGUCAAACCAUCACGCCACCGGCAGCUCCAGCAGCAGCAACAACAUCAGCAACGCCAUCGGCAAGCCGCCCGGCUCGGACAUGCAGAUCAUCAUCGGCAUCGGAGGGGUGACGAAUGGGGGCAAGACGACUGUUACGAACCGCAUCAUCAAGAACUUGCCCAACUGCUGCGUGGUCUAUCAGGACGACUUCUUCAAGCCCCAGGAUCAGAUCGAAGUUGGGGCCGAUGGAUUCAAACAGUACGAUGUGAUCACAGCGCUGGACAUGGAGGCCAUGUUGAACACCGUGCACGCAUGGCGCGACAACCCCAUCAAAUUUGCACGCUCGCACGGCGUGCCGCUCGCUCCAUCAGCCGACAACGGCCUCGGGCCCUGCCCCUCGUCCGAUCUGCACAUCCUGAUCGUCGAGGGCUUCCUGCUGUACACCCACAAGCCUCUGAUUGACAUUUUCGAUCAAAGCUAUUUUAUCUCCGUGCCGUACGAAGAAUGCAAGAAGAGACGAAGCCAAAGGAACUACACGGUGCCGGACCCACCGGGGUUGUUUGAUGGACACGUGUGGCCCAUGUACCUGAAACACCGCAAGCAGAUGGAGGAGCUCAACCUUGACGUCGUGCACGUGGACGGGACUCUGUCGAAGAACGACGUGUUCGACGCAGUGUACGAGGGCAUCAAGGAGAAGCUGGCGGAGUACAUCGACGCCUGCCCCGUGAUCGCAGAUAUCAUCUGAAAGAAAUCCUCAAGCUUGGAGAAAUGACGACGGUUUUACAUCAACAAAUACGAGUUGUUUUUCUUCCAUUAUGGGAUGUCAAUUAACACCAGGUUGUCUGGGAGCUAUGUGUCUUUUUUUAAGUUAAAAGCCGUCGGGAUAAA